AUGCUCUUCGUAACUGGACUCUCUCUCUCCCUCUCGGGAAGACUCGCGUUUUCGCUCACACGCACCUCACCUCUUCCCUCUCUCCCUCUCUCGCUCACGUGUAUGUAUAUAUAUAUAUAUGUAUAUAUAUAAAAUACAUACAGACAUCUUCUUUUGGGUUGUACUUGGCUUGUUAGAGUACUGUGUACAAUAAAGGAAUUGGCAGAAGGAAAUUAGCAAUUCCCAUGUAUAUGGGGGACAAUAGUCAGGUUAAGUUUGUCAGUAUUCAUGACGAUUAUUACAUAAUUCACGUGUAGUACCAUGGGGAAGCCUAAUCCUAUCCCAGUUAGCAUUUCAGCAUCGCCUAUUAAGGACUCCAUCCAACCAAAGAUGAAUAUGCAUGAUGAGAACAUAGAACCAGGGACUGAUUUAAGACUUGGUCUGGGUUAUUCUAACCGGUGCACUCAGAGACAACUGAAAGAUGAAUCAGAUGCAGGUGCAGAUGCAGGUGCAGGUGCAAAUGCUGGUUCAAGGAUAGACAUGACAUUUGUGGCCUCUGACCCCCUGUCUGAAUUAGUCUGGUCUCCACAUAAGGGUUUGAGUCUCAAAUGUGCUGAUUCUGGCUUUGCUGAUAAAAAGGGCUCUCUUAUGUGGGGUGCAGGACCAAGCAAUGUGGCUUUUUUGCUGCCUCAAAACAUUACAAGCGAGAGGUCUACUACUGGCAAACCUACAGAUGUGGAAGUCAUUACACCACAAGCAGCAUUUCAUGCAAACAGUAAACUUUCUGGUACAAAUACUUUAACUAGAUCCCCUGCAAAUGAUGCUGAUAUCAUACCGGGAUGUGGACCAAAUCAUGUAGAUGAGACAGCGGAUCCUACUGGAAGAGGCAGAGAUCUUGGAAGUGAGCAAAUAUUGGGUAUGAAUAUUGUUUUGACCUCUGAUGUUCACCCUGGGGAUGAAUGCAAUGCUUCUGAAACUCCAGUUAAGAAUUUUAGGUCCCCAGGCAAAAGGCCUCUGGCAAAACCGGAGCAAACUGCAGAGAAUGAUUUAAAGACUCCAAUUGGUGAAAAUGCUUGUGGUGGAGCGGCUGAGAUGGUAGAAUCAGAAUUUUCUCCCAAAUUAGAAAACACUUUUCGGCAUUAUGAAGCGAUACGUCCUAGAAAAAAAUAUUUUCCAAGUAAACUCCCCCCAACUAACAACAGAAUCUAUAGAAAUCAAAGGAAAGGUAAGGAAAAGGCUCUAUCUGAUGGAGAUGUUAAUGGAAGAUCAUCAAAGGAAGGAGAUGACAGCCAUGAGAGUGUUCAAAGCUGCAACAGUGCUGGGUUGCUAUCAUCAAGUGGCAAGAAGAGGCGGAGCUUUGAUGAACACUUGAUUGUUGGGAGUAAAAGAGUGAAAAAUCAAAUCCAAGAAACACCCAGUUCAGCACCCUAUAUUAGACAAGAUAGCUCCUUUAUGAAUUGGAUAUCAAACAUGAUGAAGGGCUUCUCAAAACCAAUUCAAACUGCGGCAGCUUCUCCUGCUCUUGCUAUUGCACCUCCUGAUCAUGGACAUCUGGAUCUUCCUGAUCAGAAUCCCCUCACAUGCAACAAGAAUCAAGAUCCAGUGUUCAAAAAUAUUGGUUUCCGAUCAAUCUUUCAGUCUUUAUAUGGUCCAAAGGUGGAAGGAGAAACAUCAUUGAAUACAGCAUAUGAAAAGGGGGAAGGAUCUAAGGAACUUGAGCUGGCUAACAAGAUGUGUACCAUUAAUACUACUCCAAUGGCCAUUCAGGGAGAUAGUGAUAACAUAUGCAAUCAAUUUCUGCUUCCAAAUGAGAAGUUUGAGGAAUCAAUAUCUGGAAAUGGAGCAGCUUUGGUGACCCAGCCUAGAGUGUUUCCUGUGAAUUUUGCUCGCAAUCAGGAAAAUAGCAAGACCAUUUCCAGGGAGGAUAAAAAUUCAUGCAGAGUGGAAUCGAGUAAGGAGAAAAAUGGAAUAAGUUCCAAUUCAUCUCUGGGUAAAGAUAAGACUAAGAUUGGUGAGAAUAUUGCUUCUGAUCCACCAUCUGAAGGGAAGACCACAAUUGAUAUUAGCUGCAGAAAUGAUCCUAUGGGAAGCUUGUGGAUAACUAGGCUUUGUUCAAAAACUUGUCGCCCUGUACUAAACCUGGGUGAUCACAACCUGAGUAUUGUUGUAGGUCUUGACAGCUCCAGUGAUUGCACAAGGCUUCUUCCUCGGUCAGGGAAUCAUAACGGUUUUUCCAAAAACCACAACGGUGUGGCAAUGAAGGAGAACUCAGUUGAAAACCUAAUGCCUGCUUUGGGUGAAGAAUCACAUAAGUGUCCUGCUGAUACCGAGGCUAUCAUUGGUUCUGAAAAGAUCAAAUGUCACAAUGAUCAGAACUCUGCAUAUAAACUGAACCUAAUUUUGCCUUCCCCAAAAUUUAGAAGUUUAGAGGCAAUGGCUUCAAUCUUUGCAAGAAGAUUGGACGCCCUCAAACACAGCAUACUAUCAAAUGUAACAGAUAAUGCAACUCGAGAAACUACAACCUGUGUCUUUUGUGGCAUAAAAGGCCACUGUUUACAAGAGUGUUCUGCAAUAAAAGAAAGUGAGAUUGAAGAUCUUCUCAGGGAUGUCAAUAUAUAUAAUGGGACUGAAGAACGGCCUUGUUUAUGCAUUAAAUGUUUCCAGCUCAAUCAUUGGGCUGUUGCAUGUCCCAGUGCUUCCUCAAAAGGGGAACAUCAAACAAAAGGUGGUGGUGGUGCUUUGGCUGGUCCUAGCAAAAUGCAGCAUAAAGGAGGUAACGAAAAUUUGAAGCUGCUAACUGGUUGGGAGAGACCAUUUCAAGAUUCUUGUGAUGGGAGCUAUCUUAGAAUACCAGAGCAUAGUAACUGGAAACAGAAUGAAAUAAUAACCCCUGAAAAAACUGGAAAUGCAAAUUCAUUGAAGAAAUAUAUUGCGUCAAGUUCUGGGGGAAACUACUCAAAAGAACAAAAGAUCAUCCCUGUCAAUGGGCAAGUUUCAGAUGUACCGAAAGGAAUCUUCGAUGCCAUAAAAAGCCUUCGUUUGUCACGCUCAGAUAUCCUAAAAUGGAUGAAUUCCCAUGCGUCUCUGUCACACCUUAAUGGUUUUUUCUUGCGCCUGCGGCUUGGGAAGUGGGAAGAAGGACUAGGGGGAACUGGAUACCAUGUGGCCUGCAUAACAGGGAAGCAAAGAGAGAAUUCACCAGAGAAUGCCAAAUAUUCUGUGUGCGUAAAUGUAGGUGGAAUAAAAUGCUUGGUCGAGAGUCACUACAUCUCCAAUCAUGAUUUCCUUGAGGAUGAGCUCAUGGCAUGGUGGAGUGCAACCUCAAGGGACGGUGCCAAGAUCCCAUCUGAAGAAGAAUUAAGAGUGAAAUUCAAGAAAAAAAGAAUGUUAGGCUUUUAGGAAUCAAGUGAUCUCGGGAACCAUCUUUGUAAGCCUCGGGCAAUUAAAAUUCUAGCCCACAUGAAAUACAGAGCGAGAAGCAAUUGACAAAAAGCGAGCCUUGUAUUUUGUAUAUAAAAUUUUGGAAGUCCUUCCAUGUUUGCAUGCAUAAAGAACAUACGUGUAGCUGAAAUUAGGAUAGGAAAACUCUUAUCUUCAGCCAUGUUAGUGCACCGAUACGCAUCAAUCUAUCUAAGUGUACCGUUAUUUAAACGGUGCAUUUUGAUU